AUGGAGUGGCGCAGUAGCUGCGUGCUGUGGCUUACUGCCACGGCGUUCAUCAUCUUGGCACUUGAGCUGCGUGGCGUUGUCGCAGCGGCCAUGGAUCUUUCCAACCCGGUAGAGCACAACCAUUUUCUUCUGUUAGCACCCUAUGGCUCCCGCCUUGGACCGGACGCCGACGCUGACGGAGCCAGCACAGCGCGAUAUGUGCAGUUGAGCAACGGUUCUCGAUUUCUGUGUAAUACAAUAAGCACAAAGCGCCGCGACCCGCUCGAUGCCAAUCACUAUCCACUAGGACGCCAAAUGGAGUCUUUGAUGGCCGUGAUGCGGAACUCGAAGCACCCAUGUGUGCAAUACUCAGAAGGGAGUUAUGUGAUCGUCUACUGCUGGGACAAGCAUGUGCGCGUGGAUGCUCUUGCGAGGACCAAGAGCCGUUCUCUGGGAAAGCGUCAGUCUGAGAAGGUGCAGCUGUACUGGAGCGCCAGCGACGCGUUCGGCCGGCACGCCGCGACCGUCUAUAGUGGUGGCGACGUGUGUCCGUACGAGAAGGAACGUCGCAUAGAGACAGAGGUGCGCUUCUACUGUCGUUACUCCCAAUUUCAGAAUCCAAUUCCAUACAUUAGCCUUUACGAGUCGUCGCAGUGCUCCUACGUGCUGCGUCUGCUGUCAAGUAAGUUCUGUUCCGUAUCCCAGCUGGAUCACCCAAGAGAGGAGGAAACGGUGCGGUGCCAGAUGUUGGAUGAUUAG